UUCACAAGGUUUAACCGUUGAAGGACCUGACGAAACACGUAAAACGGGAAAACGAAAAAGCGUUCUUUCGUCGUGGCGGCUACUACGGCAUAUAUUUUUAAUGCUUUUCUCCCUAACCCGCGUAAACGAAUAGUCAAAACCCACUGUCCAAUUUUCAACUAUUUCCACUGCUCUUCUCAUCUGCGUUCCAACCCAAAACCGGCGAUCAUGUAUCGCUCGUCGAGCUCCGGCCGAGUCUCCGACGAGUUCUUCCCUCACUCCGCAGCAGUUCCGACGCCCGCCUUCUCAUCUCCGAAUCUCAAGUCGCCGUCCACCGGCGCGUCGGAUGAGCUGCCGACGUACAAUCCCCAAUCUCACGUAGCUAAGAAAGAGAGAAACCGCCUCAGAUUUGCGGAGAACGCCGUCCAUCUCAUUCCAGUUGUGUUAGUACUGUCUGCUAUCAUCUUGUGGUUUUUCUCUAGUCCAGUGCAGAUGGUGAGUAAAGGCAACCCCACCAUUGGCAGAGUCAAUGCUCCAGUGAUCUAUACUAAAAUCAAAAGUGGCAAUGGAAAGAGUAGUUUGACAUCAAAAUUGGAGCUGAAGGGCAAUGAUCAAACAUAUCAAUCCAAGAUCCACAAGAGAAGGAAUCUGCAAGACAGGGAUUCAUUUUGAUGGACUCUAUGGAUUAUGGGUUCUUAUAAUACAUAUCAUUCAUUAGGACUAAAACUCAUUUCGUAUUUCAUCUUGGUUUACUUUGGAUCAUCCCAUGACUCUUUGCUUUAUAGAUGGAAAGCCUACAUAAACCUAUAGUCCGCGUUGCUAGCAAA